CUUCUAAAUUGCACGCUGUCACUUUUACAGUGUAGCCUGUGUUUUUGUCUCGCGCGCUGCAGCAUGCAUCGCUGUCCCAGUACGUUCUCUCCUCCCUAUUCACAGCAUGGAAACACUUUCUCUCUACACCACCCCUUAUCACGUCCCAUUCACAGCAUCAUGGCGUUUGAGGGAUGGAUAGUAUGAACAUUGGGAUGAAGGGCGAGUGCUUGCUUGCCAUUCUGUCCAUUUCCUAUUUCCUGUCAUGUGAUCAGUCUCAUGACAGUCAGACCCAGACUCAUUUAAAAACAUACACACAUUAAAACAGGUGGGGGGCGGAGCUGUGGUGUUCAUGAACUCAUCUGCGCUAGAAGAGCAGCAAGCUGUCAGUGGAGAGCCCAAGCAGUGAUCUGCCACAUUUUGAAAGUUGUAACAAAGGUUUGGAAGAAUUUGUGGUCAGUUAGCAGACACACCAAAGGCACAAAGCAAUGGCAUUUUUCAAGAGCUUCCAACAGAGCCUACCUUCUGUCAGUUCCCUCCUGGACUCUGUCUCAAACACCGUCUCAACUGCCGUGGACGAUUUGUCCUCUGCAGUGAGUGAUGUCACCUACACUGUCAGUGACCAGCUAACGGAGCAGGUCAAUACAAUCAUCAACAAAGUAAAUACUGAAGAGGAUGACAAAUCCAGGAAAGAGGAUUUGGGUUCUUCUGAAGACAUCCGAAAGGAGAGGAGGAACAGCAGGCUGAAGCGUCAGGAGACAGAAGGUAAUGCUGCAGACAGUGGAGAAGGAGAAGGUCGAAAGAGCCGAAAAUCGAAAAAGAACUCUAUGUGGACUAUUGAAACAGAUGAAGAGGAAAUAAAGAGGGAAAAAGAAAGGCAAGAGGAAGCAAGAAAAGCUGAGGAGGAGGAGUGGGAGUGGAUUUACACCCCUGCUAAAGGUUGGUAUCGUAAAAAGAGGGACCCAAACCAACCACAAAGCUUUUCUCCGAACUCAGACAACAAGAAAGGGAACAGUGACCAAGCAUCAAAAGAGGCAGAGUCUGUCGCCCAGGAGGAGAACGCCUCCUCGUCUGGCAAACACAAGGAUGAAGGUGACAACCACAAUGAAAAUGCUAAUGGGAUGCACCCGGGUAAUAGUCAGAAAAAGCAGGAUUCUCAGGAAAUGUCUGGUGAUACUGAUACAACAGCAUCAAAGUAUGAAAACAAUGCAGAGCACAGUAGUGUUGAGGAAGAUGAUACAGGCAGAAAAAAAGACAAAGCAGGUAAAGAUGUGGGUUGUCCAGAGAAAGGAUCAUCUGAGAGUGAAGACGAAACUCCAAAAAGACACAAAGAUUCCAAUCAGCAGAAAAGUGGAUGGAAAAACAAAGAUACUGAGAAUGAGGAUUGCAGUAGUGAGGCCUCUGCUGAGCAGGUUAAAAGGAAAAAUGGUUCAAGUUCCCUGAAUGAACUUCAGCCUCCACCGUACCGGGACAAAGACGAUCUCAAGUGUGGCUCUAGGGGCCGCAGUGACUCAGCAGAGGGCAGUGGAAGUGAGAUCAGUGAGGCCAGUGAAGACCCUGAGGACACAGAGAGUUACCUGAAUAAGGGCUAUGAAGAGGACGCACCCAGUGACAGCACAGCUGUUUUGGGCCCGGAGGACAGCUUACUCCCACCCCUUCCAGAAACAUAUGAACCAGAGGCACUGGGGAAAUAUGGCACACUGGAUGUGGCAUUUGAAUAUGACCCCAGUGAACAACGGCUUGCGGUGACGGUGACCGCUGCCACUGAUAUUCCAACCCUUAAGAGCACAGGGAACAUUUCUUGGCAGGUCCACCUGGUUCUGCUGCCCACCAAGAAGCAGAGGGCGAAGACAGGAGUGCAGAAGGGACCCUGUCCCGUCUUCACAGAGACAUUUCGGUUCUCAUGUGUUGAGAAGGAGGCCUUGGGGGACUAUGCAGUCCGGUUCCGUCUCUACAGUGUGAGGCGCAUGAAGAAGGAGAAGGUCCUAGGCGAGAAGGUGUUCUACUUAACCAAACUCAAUCUGCAGGGCAAGCUUGCUCUGCCUGUUACUCUAGAACCUGGCACAUCCGUUCCUGGCUGUGGAUCAGUGGUGAGUGUCUCUCGUAGCGCGGGAGCUCUGUCGUACCACUCCACUGGUGAAUCCUCCACUCCAGAGCUUCUGUUGGGUCUCCUCUACAACUCCACCACAGGAAGACUGUCUGCCGAAGUUGUUAAAGGGAGCCAUUUUAAAAACUCAGCCACCGAUAAACUGCCCAUUGGCCUCUUUUGUUGUGUAAAACGCUUCAUUAGUGGGCAACUAUAUAUAAUGAGAGACACUUAUGUGAAGCUUACAAUGCUGGACUCCAAAGGGAAAGAGAUGUCUAAAUGUAAGACCUCCGUCUGCCAUGGCCAGCCCAACCCAACCUACAAAGAAACAUUUGUCUUCCAGGUGGCGCUGUUCCAGCUGUCUGAGGUCACCCUGCAGGUGUCGGUGUACAGCCGUCGGAGCAGCAUGAAGAGGCGAGAGCGGUUGGGUUGGGUCGCUCUGGGCCUCAACAGCACCACAGAGGAACAGGAGGAGCACUGGACCCAGAUGAAGGAGUCAGAGGGACAGCAGGUCUGCCAGUGGCACACGCUCCUCAAUUCAUAGGGGAGCAGGGAAACAAUGCAGUAUGGUUUUUGUCGAUCUGAAGGUUUAGUAGGACAGAAUGAGUACAAAAGGAUUUGUUCACCUUAAAUGGAAAGUUCUUUCCUAAUUUGACUCCUUCGUGUUGCUCUGAACCCAUCUUACUUGCUUUCUUCAUGAAACAUUAUCUAUCAUAUGGCUUCAAAAGACUGGCAACUUGUCAUUUUUGGGGUUUGAUAGCCCCUUUAUAUUGAAAAGUAUCUUCAGAAUAUUCUUAGAAAAUCAAGUUUUGCGUUCCAUAGAAGAAAGUAAGUCAUAGGUGGUUUAGAACGGCAUGAGGGUGAGUAAAUGAUGACAGAAGAGUGGUUUUUAAAUGUGAACUAUUCCUAAAGUAAACUUCUGCAAAAUGUGGUGGGCAAAUUAGGUCAAUUGUUCCUUUUCAAUAGUAUACUGAUGCAUGAAGCACCACUUACUCUGCAGUUACUUCCAAAACAAGCAAAUUUAUGUUGGUCAUCAUGGCAAAUCUGUGUUUAAAAUUCAACAAACCUGACUCUGAUGUGAGAUACGCAUGGGGAGAUUUUUGUCAUGUGUCAUUCAGCUGAAAUUUCCAAUCGCAUCCUACUGAAAUUUAGACUGCAUUUCGCCCACUGAAUUUGUACAGUAGAGGAAUCCUCCAUGUUGGAGGUGCUGUUGACUUUCUAGAGAGACUGUUUUCCUCAGGAUAGCAGUAAUGGACCUGAUGUUUUUCGCAGUGUUGGGAUGGGAAAGCUGAAAAAGACGUCUUAUGACGACAUUAGAGCAUUGAACUGACCAACUGCCAUUGGCACUGCCAUCUGUACCAAUCAUUUAUUCCCUACAAAGCAUAACUGUAACUGUACUGAAUUACUGGCAGUUGCAUAAGCAUUGAAACUACUUGAGGUUUAGCCUUUGUACUUGACUUGCAAAUAUGCAAAUACAAAUAUGCACCGCAUAAUAACUGCUAAAGCAUCAAGAGAAACAUUCAGAAUAAAUAUCGGACCAAAGCGCAAGACCACAUACAUAAUUCUGUUUUAUGAAGGGAUUUAGGGACUAUUUCACACCAGCAUUAUUGAUAAAUAUUUUAUUCAACAUGAGAAUGUACAAAAAGUAGGGCUGCUGAAGACUAAAUGUAACUAAUUUUACAAUAACUAUUGUCUAAAUGUAACUGAUGGAAAUUUGAGCAGUUUAUCUCAUGAUUUUUGUUUUCGUAUUGUGUAAGCUAAUGCUGCAUUAUGUAUAUGUUAAUGCUGAUUCAGGUUCAUUUUUAAUCUUUGAACACUAAACAUUUAAUAAAAUCUGAAUUUAGAAACACUUAA